ACCUCAUCUCAUCUUCAACACCCAAUCUUUUCCUAUUUUUAUUUUAUUUUUCUCAUAACUUUUUUUUUUUUUUUUUUUUACCUUCUGAAAUGACAAAAAUACCCUCAAAUAUUCAAAGACACCUCCAUCAGAGAGGUGCACCCUCUGAAACACAAGUUGUACAAUGCUUUAUCCAGAUUGGAAUUGCUUGAUUCAUUUUGUAUCUCACAAAAACUAUCACUUGAAAGAAAACGAGCAUAAAGCCAAUUAGAGUGACACAUUAAGAACCUAUUUCUUUCUCUCUCUUUCAACUCCUGAGAAACUUAAAGAAAGAGAGAAAAAAUGGCAGUGUCGACUGUAGUCUACACAGUCCAAUCCUUGAACUCAACAUGCUCAUCAAUCUCAACACCCACCACUAAAACCCACUUGGGAAUCCAACAAAGACAAGUGUUGUUCUAUGGUAAAAAGACACACAGGGGCAGAGUGAGAAGUGGUGAGAUAAGAUGUUCAGGGGACACAAUCGUAAUUGGACUAGCAGCAGACUCAGGGUGUGGAAAGAGUACCUUCAUGAGAAGGUUGACCAGUGUGUUUGGAGGUGCAGCAGAGCCACCAAAGGGAGGGAAUCCUGAUUCCAACACACUGAUAAGUGACACAACGACAGUGAUAUGUUUGGAUGAUUAUCAUUCAUUGGAUAGAACAGGGAGGAAAGUGGAAGGGGUUACAGCAUUGGAUCCAAGAGCCAAUAAUUUUGAUCUUAUGUAUGAACAGGUUAAGGCUCUUAAAGAUGGUAUCGCUGUUGAUAAGCCUAUUUAUAACCAUGUCAGUGGUCUUUUGGAUCCCCCAGAGCUCAUCAAGCCCCCUAAGAUCCUUGUAAUUGAAGGCCUCCAUCCAAUGUAUGAUCAGAGAGUACGAGACCUCUUGGACUUCAGUAUCUACUUGGACAUCAGCGAUGAUGUUAAAUUUGCCUGGAAAAUUCAGAGGGACAUGGCAGAGAGAGGACACAGCCUUGAAAGUAUUAAAGCUAGUAUUGAGGCCAGAAAGCCAGAUUUUGAUGCUUAUAUUGACCCACAGAAGCAAUAUGCAGAUGCGGUUAUCGAAGUAUUGCCUACACAGCUGAUCCCGGAUGACAAUGAAGGGAAGGUGUUGAGAGUGAAGCUGAUAAUGAAAGAGGGAGUGAAAUACUUCAAUCCUGUUUACUUAUUUGAUGAAGGAUCCACCAUCUCAUGGAUCCCAUGUGGAAGGAAGCUCACCUGUUCUUACCCUGGUAUCAAAUUUGCCUAUGGCCCUGAUUCUUACUUUGACAAUGAGGUGUCUGUGUUGGAGAUGGAUGGGCAAUUUGACAGACUGGAUGAGCUGAUCUAUGUUGAGAGCCAUUUGAGCAACAUCUCCACCAAAUUCUAUGGAGAAAUCACCCAACAGAUGUUGAAGCAUUCAGACUUCCCAGGGAGCAACAAUGGCACUGGUUUAUUCCAAACCAUUGUUGGUUUGAAAAUUCGUGAUCUUUUUGAACAACUCACAGCUGCCAAGGCCUCAGCUCCAUUGGAAGCUACAAAAGCUUAAAGUAAAACAAACAAAACAACAAAAAUCCUAAAACCUCUGUUUUCAUGUAAAAUUAUUCCCCAUUCCCAUAUGUGUAUUUAGUUCCCUUCCUCUGUGCUAUGGAUAUCUGUAAUAUAGAGAAUCAAAUUCUUGAAUGAAAUAUUGAGAUGAUCACACACCAUCUUCUCUUAUCAUCAAGAUAAUUAGUUAUUACCAAACCAAGUAAGAAUAUAAACCAUAUUGGAGAUACCAACAAAAGUCUGAAGCAUAUUUGAUAUUAUUAUUAGUACUUUUAUUCACAACUAGAUUUUCCCAACAUCUAAGAUUCAUUCUAGACUAGGUUACAUAGAUAUUAUAUAAUAUUACUUGAUUGUAACAAAGUUGUUAGUGCCAUGUUUGGCCCAAUGUGGUUUCAAGUCAACUGGAUGAGAAAGAUCUUGACCUUCACUUGCAAGCUUACAAAGUAGCUUCCGAUAUGCACCAUGGCUCAUUUUUCUUCCACCCACACGUGCCCCUGGCCUCCAUGGACUCAUUGGAAGUGGGAAAACCGAUAUCUUAGAGUUACAACAAGAAGAUUGCCACCCGUUAACCCCACAUUUGUGGCAUUGUCUAGGAACACCUGUGCAAGAACAUAUAGGAGGAGGUACCUUUGAAAAGUCAAUUUUGGAAUCAUCAAAACUAGCAUCCAGAUUCUUUCUCUCCACAUUUGGUUUUAGAAUGGUUUUUUUCUUGGACUUUUUAGAAAUUGAACAAGACUUGGUCUUGUUCUUGGGAGAAAGUUUGUUUUUCUUGUUGGUGUGUGGUUCAGUAACACUUAUGGGAGCAACACAUCGGAUGGGGACAGCUUCGGUAUAAGUUACUUGAGAGUGAUUUGAGCUUGAAAAGCAGGGAAAUUGUGAAAAAGAAGGUCCACCAUCAUUGGUUUCAGACAUUCCAGCUCCUCAAAAUACUUAUACUGUAGCAAGUAAUGCGGAAGAGAUGGUAGGCAGAGGAGUAACGACGAGGAAGAACUUACGCCUUACAGGGAAGAAAGUGAGAGUGAAGGCAGAGGCAGAGGCAGAGG